GAUAUGACGUAUCGUACCCUAAAACCAAUCAGAGAACUGUACGAAUACAAUGACGUCAGGGCGCUUUGCGUGCUCAGUGUGUGUUGCGGCUGGUGAUCUCCGUGUUAGAGUAACGGGACCGAGACGGGAUGGGAGUGCAAGUAGAAACCAUUACCGAGGGGGACGGGCGCACGUUUCCAAAGAAGGGCCAGACUGUGGUGGUACAUUAUGUGGGGUCGCUGGAGAACGGAAAGAAGUUUGAUUCGUCAAGGGACAGGAACAAGCCUUUCAAGUUCAUAAUUGGACGGUGCGAAGUGAUCCGUGGCUGGGAGGAGGGCGUGGCACAGAUGAGUGUGGGGCAGAGGGCACGACUCACCUGCUCUCCUGACUUUGCAUACGGGGCAACAGGACACCCUGGCAUUAUUCCCCCCAACGCCACCCUGACCUUUGAUGUGGAGCUACUGAGGCUGGAGUGAGCAGCCCUCAUAGUGGUGCUGAGGUUCCUGCCCAGAUGGUUACCGGUGCAGAGAGUGCAGUACACAGACUGGACACAUCCUGACCUCCCUCCCCUGUGCCCCCUUCCCCACACUCUGCCUCUUGCUAGUCUGUUUCUUGCCCCCAUCACCCCUUUCCUUUGGGGGCCACAGUGUUUCCAGGCACAAACACAUUGGAUGGAUAUUUGGGGGUAGAUGGACUUUCCUUACCAGAACAUUGACCACUCACAACCAGCAAUAUAUCAGCCCUGUGGCAAAUUGGAGUAACGCUGUUACCUGGCUUCCUGGCUAAGGGGUGGUGACCCUAUUUGUGUUGGUGCCAGGGGCCCCUAAUGGAAAGCUUGCUGUUAACUCUUUCAGGGUAGACUGGCUGUGCACUGCUAGUGUUGCUGUGGGUAAAUGUGUUGGUCUUUCAUACCCAUCCUUGUCAUGGGGUGCAGUUGUCUCCUCUUCACCUUCUUUGUGGCAGGUCCCCACUGUGUAGGCAGCAUGCACCCCACACAUACUGGACUCUCCAAUAAACUGCUUUUCUCUA